AUGGGCCGGUUUGCUAAAUUGACCACCUUCGCUAGCCUCCUAGCAACUAUGCUCGGUGCGGCCCACCAGAAGAAGUAUGUCUUCAAGCCGGAGCAUGAAGCGACCUACCAGAAUACGGGCUCGUCGUGGUGGAUAAGCUCCUUCAUUACCGGCACCGAAGGCAGGCAGUAUCUUGCCAUCUCCCACAUCAUGACGCCGCAGAAAGGCGUCCUCGAGUAUUGGGUCGAUCUCACCUACUGCCCCAAGGAUAGCAAGGCAUCGGAUACAUCCGUUCCUCUCGAUGGCGACUUCGAUACAUAUGGAUUUGUGUCGACGGCUGACGACAGCAUUGCGCAGAUGCGCACCUAUGCCAACACCAAUGCUUCCUUCUCCCUCGACAUCAGCUGGGAGGACACGUCCAAGCCUGUACUCAACGGCGGAUCAGGCUCCAUUGGCUUUGGACCAGGCCCGUCGAAUGCGACGGAAUGGGGCAUUCCGGCGGCAAAGACCACUGGAAGCCUCACGCUCGAUGGUCUCCAUGUCGAGAUUGACACAAAGAACUCCUUUACUUGGUACGACCGUCAGAUAUCAUACGGAGCCCCCCGCAACUGGACCUGGUUUGAACUCAACUUUCCCGGCACCGAAAUCAAGGCCAGCAUCUGGUCGGAGGACCGUGGUCCUCUCGAGGACAACACCAUCUACAAUUUCGCGACCGUUCGCAUCGGCGAAUCGCAGCACGUUCUUGCGUAUGACUUGAUCCCCGACAUGUCCGAUACCUGGGUGUCCCCAAAGUCAGGCCUGGUGUACCCUCUCAGCUGGAGACUCGAGUUCGAAAAUGGUGACUAUCUCGUUCGAGAAGAAGUUAUUCAAAAAGAACUGGAUAUUCUCGAGCAGGGGAUGGACUGGAUCGUCAGGAUAGCAGCCUCUGGCCUCCCAAGCCGUCGGGGAGGGUACAUGGGAGCUUGA